GGUGUAUUCAAAAAGUAGGUUGCAUAUACCUAUUUAAUGAAUGUAAUCGAUUGGUAUUUAGCCCUGAAUUUAUAGCGUUUCCUAUCGUGUGAUACAGUAGUAAUCUAACAGUCCAUAUGACCGUAAGUUUCGAUCGCGUGUUAUUUGUGCUCGCUUGGACAAUUACACAGGUGUGCUAUUACCCAUAAAAAUAUCGACUGAUAAUAUAUAUGAUUGAAUAAUACAGAUUUGGACCUGUGUUGUGAAUGAAGCUACAUUGAUAGGGUAGUAUGAUAAAUGCAGUCGUGCCGAGAAUAUUUGUGAGCUUUCAUGUAGAUAUGAGUGAACUGUUACAGGAAGAGAUACGAUUGUUUUGGGAAUAUGUGAAAUGCAACGCUGUUGCUCGGUCUAAGAAUAGCAAGAUGCCAGCACAGCACAUCAAGUUGCAUUACAUGCCACCUUCGCCGCCCAGCCGCGCGGUCAUGAUGGCGGCUAAGGUGCUUGGCAUCGACCUGGAGCUAGUACUCACAAACCUGAUGGAAGGGGCACAUCUUACUCCGGAGUUUCUCAAGAUGAAUCCUCAGCAUACAAUACCGACUAUGGAUGACAACGGUUUUAUAUUAUGGGAGAGCCGCGCCAUCUUAGGUUACCUGGUGAACGCUUACGGCCGCGAUGACACGUUGUAUCCGAAGAAUCCUCGUCUGCGUGCGUUGGUAGACCAGCGGCUCUACUUCGAUGCGGGAACGUUGUUUAGCAGAUAUAUGACUUUAUAUCGUCCCAUGCUUUUUGAAGGAGCACAAAUGGACGAAACACAUGCGGCGAAAUUGAACGAAGCCAUUUCUUGGCUCAACACCAUGCUAGAAGGAAGAGCAUUUGUUGCUGGAGACAACCUCACAAUUGCAGACAUAUCAAUUAUCGUCACAUUUACAAACCUGGAGGCUUUCGAUUAUGACUUCAGCCAGUAUGAAAACGUCUCCAAGUGGUUCCAAAGAACGAAGAAAGCGUUGGAGCCGUAUGGUUACAACGACAUCGAUGUAGCCGGAGCCCAAAUACUAGCUAAUUUCCUGAAGAAUUGAUUUAAUUUGUAAUUCACACCAUAUUCUACAUAAUAUAAACCACUGAG